AUGUUGAAACAGAAUUUACUAUCAAUACUUUUGAUUGCUUGUGGUGCUUUGGGAGUUGUUAUUAAGGAAAAAGGAGAAGACAUCGCUUUCGCUCCAGCUUAUGCCAUUGACAUAGAUGAAAUUUCAAACGUAGAUGAACCGGUCGAGGAAGGUGGACUUCACGUAGAUAGGAGUGUUAAGAGCUGCCUUCAUACAAUUGCUCCCUCGUCUACCAAAUUUGCAAAUGGUACUAUUGCUGCAACUUCCUGGUACUCGGUUUUGCAAAAGGUUGCUGAAGCAGCGAAAUCUCUAUCUGAUAGUAAAACUUUGGGAAUGUACUAUGGCGUGAUUGAUACUCCUAACGGUAAGAUGAGUUAUAGUUUUGCAUCUGGCGGUGAAGACGUUAGUACAGAAGCACUGAAAGAAACCAUCCAGGGUUCCCUAUUCAAGGCUUACAGAUCUUUCAUUUCGAAUAAAUACAAUCACUCCUGGUGCGUGGAAUUAACUGACGGUACCAAAUGGAAGGGAUACUUGCUUGUUGGUCCUGAUGAAUUCGUAGAUGGAGAAUGUAAUGCUAACUCAAGUGAUGAUUGUGUUGGUGGCGGUGAGAAUGACGAUUACUUUUAG